CUCCUCGCGGUUCAGCCCGAGGAACCUAUAUAACUGUACCAGCGUGUCUGGGUCAGGAGGCGGAUCACGGAGUUGUAGUAGAUAUAGUCUGUAUAUCGGACAGGUGUAUCCCAUUCUUGGUUCGCGCGCCCUCGCGUCUCCGCGUCUUCGCGCUCGCGCCUCAACACCUGUUCCCGAACCUCUGAUCCAGCAGUGUCCGAGGGUCUCUCAUCUCCUCGAGGUCGGCGCGGGACGAUAUCGACGUACUCGACACCAUUCGUCCGCGUUUCAACGUUUCAGUGUCUGUGUCACUUGUGCCCGGGUAUCGAUAGACCGUCUAUGAUCCAGGGUCGCGAACGUUAUCACUGUGAUUAUUAAGUGCAUCUUGUGUCACUCCACGUGCGUCUCGACCACCGACCACCCUGAUCCGUUCGUCCCGGGAGGAUCGAGUACCACCAAUCAAGACCAAUCAAGAGUCCGUAUCCGAGCUCCUACGGUGCAACCAAAAACGUCAGACGAUGCGGUUACACAUACACUUGGUCCUAGCCUGUCUUCUCUUCAAGGGACUGGCCGGCUCCGACGACGUCGAGGUGAUACAGGCCGUGCCCGGAGAGGACAAUCGGAACGACAAAUCGGCGAUGGAUCGGCAGGACACCGAGCUUGGCAGCUCGGACCAGCUGGCUCUCGAGACGACCGGUGAAAAUGCCGCCGGAGGUGGUCAUUACAACACCGGUCAGGUACGGAAUCAUCCGGGUCGCGUCAGUCUUGGCCUAUCCAAUCCCCGGCCUCAUCACAACGUCGCUUAUCACGGACCUCCACCCCCCUUGCCGUCCAAGGGUCAAACGGAGGCUCAGGACAAGGUUUACACGUCCCAUUCUGGUUCGGGCGGCGAUUCCUGGCCGGUAGCAACGCCGGACAUGCCCAAGAUCAUAUCGCUCGACGUAAAGUGCGAGAAGAACCUGAUGAAGGUAUACCUCGGGUUCGACCAGCCCUUCUACGGCAUAGUCUUCAGCAAGGGUCACUACAGUAACGUGAACUGCGUUCACCUUCCGGCCGGCCUCGGAAGGACAUCGGCCAACUUCGAGAUCAGCAUCCACGCCUGCGGGACGGCCGGUAACACGGAGAACGGACUAUACGGCUACGGCGCCGAGUCAGGCUCGGGAACAUACUUCGAGAACAUAAUAGUCGUGCAGUACGAUCCGCAGGUUCAGGAGGUAUGGGACCAGGCCAGGAAGCUCCGGUGCACGUGGCACGACCAGUACGAGAAGUCGGUCACGUUCAGGCCCUUUCCGGUCGACAUGCUCGACGUCGUGCGGACCGACUUCGCCGGGGACAACGUCGGUUGCUGGAUGCAGAUCCAGGUGGGCAAGGGACCCUGGGCCUCCGAGGUAUCCGGACUGGUGAAGAUCGGUCAGACGAUGACUAUGGUCCUUGCCAUAAAGGACGACGACUCCAAGUUCGACAUGCUGGUCCGGAACUGCAUGGCUCACGACGGAAAGCGCGCCCCGAUCCAGCUGGUGGAUCAGAAGGGGUGCAUAACCAGGCCCAAGCUGAUGUCCCGUUUCACAAAGAUCAAAAACUUCGGGGCUAGCGCCUCCGUUCUCUCCUACGCUCACUUCCAGGCGUUCAAGUUCCCCGACUCGAUGGAGGUCCACUUCCAGUGCACCAUUCAGAUCUGCAGGUACCAGUGCCCCGACCAAUGCUCCGAGUCGAAUCUCCUCGACUCGCAGUCGACGUACAUCGAGAACCACCAGGUGAUCCAUCCCGAGUCCGGUUACGGACCACCGCCUCUUCAUCCGCUUCCUCUCGAGGCUUACCUCCAGGCAACGGCCGGACGACCGAGGGAUGAGCGCAGGAGAAAGUCUCGCGAGGUCGCGGUUAGUCCCGAGAAAGAGGUCGGCGUCAACAGGAUCAUCCGGGUUGUUUCCACCGGCGAUUUAACCUUCGCUAUCGACGAGUCGAGCAACGAUUCCGUGGUCGGACCGACGAUGGUGUUUCCGGCAAAGGAACACGCCGCCAAUUCGAGUCUCAUAUGCAUGACGACACCCGGAUUCGCCAUCACGCUCAUCGUUCUCCUCGCAAUUCUACUCGUAUCCUUUGCCCUCACGGCCUACGUUUGCCUCCGUUUAAGACCGUUCGGUAAACUACCGAACAAAGGAAUCGUUGGACCGUUCGGCAGUAACGCGCAUAAAAAAACCUCCAAGACUUGCUUCUACUCUUAGGACAUUAUAGACCACUGCUCUGUUUUCUCCCGAAACAGGAGAUAAAAUAAAGAUUCGUAUCUUCAGACGACGCCUUUUCCCCCGCCACAAAUGACGAGCGAUUAACGAAACAAUUUCUCUUACAAUUAGAUUUUGUAAUAGUAGCAUUAAUUAAGAUUGGAUUAUACCGAUACUAAUCUUGUUAUUUUAUUCUAUCCGGUUUAAAAAUAGUUAAGAUGGUUAAAUCAGUCGACUCGCUCGACAUUUAUACCCGAUUGGGGAAAGAUGUCUCAAUUUUUAUAUACAUAGAUUUUCACGUAUUAAAAUAUAUAUACCUAAUUUACGGCUAAUUCGAGGCUCACCGCCUAUAUAAGUAUAGACGUUGUUUAAGGAUUAUUAAUUUUUCAUUAUAGUUUUUCAGUUAUUCAUACAAGUGUUUGAAAUUCAGUGUUUGAGUCGACGAGUAUGUCCACAAAACCGAUUUUUUUCUGGUUAAAACCGAGAUCUUAUAAAUCUACGGUAUCAACGUAUUAUUUUUCAGUCUGUACGUUACUGAAUUUGACCAUUUGAAAAGGACUUUGCCAAGUUUUUCCAUUCAUCUUUCGAAUUAUUCUCCGUUUUCUUGCAAAUCUUCCAAGUUGCGACGGAUAUAUAUAUAGUGUCGAUACACGUUAGCUCAAAUAUCAUCUUGUCACCUUGGUUCUUGGACUAUGAUGUUUAGUCAUUACAUUUAAUAUUUAUUUAAUUAUUUAUUUAUUUAUAUCUAUAUAUAUAUACAUAUAUAUAGAGGUAAAAGUUAAAUAAUAUGUAGGAUGCGACCGGGUAAAUGGUUAUAGGAUAAUGUUACGUAUCGUUCGGAGGUUCUGUUGCAUACAGUUUUCAAUAAAUAUUCACGAUGCAAAAUUUGAUCAACAAGUAUGAAAGAGAAAGUUGAAAACUGCGGAGUAAAAGAGAAGCAAAAAUAAUUCACAGUGAGAAAUAUCAUAUUCAUUAUACAAUUGCUAACUUAAUGUCGUCGAUUUUUUUUUUUUUUUUAACGGCGUCGUGAUUAACUAUUUCGUAUGCUGUAGAACCUCAACGAAAAUUUAUACUCCAACAAAGUACGCUUAGUACCUUACAUUUAGGUAAUUAACUAUUCAUCUAUUUCCGUUCAUUUACGUUAAACUCAAGUAUAAUCAUUAUCUUGUCUUUCUAUCGCGUAUAACGCGAUUAUUAUACUAUUCAAUUAAAAAGUAAUUCACAUUCUCAGCCGCAUGUGUUGCUUUGAGAUACUUCAAUCGGAUGUCCAAUUGAAACGAAAUCAUGACUUUUCGUCGAUAAACUCUAUUAAAAUCACAACAGUUCCGAAAAUUUAUUUGAAUCAAAUAUAAUUAUUAGUAUAGGAAAAUAUUUUUAGGGUAAUAAUUUUUACCGUGAAGUUAUCGACCGAAUUCCAUUCGAUGUUGCUGAUACACAUUAAAAUAAUUAAAGUAGCAUGAAA